AUGGCGGCAAACCCUAAUGCCAUCAACGUCAACGACCCCAGCUUGAUCACCCUCGUGAACAAGCUGCAAGACGUCUUCACCACAGUUGGAGUGCAAAACCCCAUAGACCUGCCCCAGAUCGCCGUCGUUGGGUCGCAGUCCAGCGGAAAGAGCUCGGUGCUCGAGAACAUUGUCGGUCGCGAUUUCCUGCCUCGAGGCUCCGGCAUCGUCACCCGAAGACCGCUCAUCCUGCAGCUCAUCAACCGCGCCGCGCAAUCGAACGGAGUAAAGGCCGAGGAGGUCAAGACCAGCGAUGCCGAGUCCAACGUCGACGAGUGGGGAGAGUUCCUGCACAUUCCCGGCCAGAAGUUCCACGACUUCAACAAGAUCAGAGAGGAGAUCAUCCGCGAGACAGAGGCAAAGACGGGACGCAAUGCCGGCAUUUCACCAGCACCCAUCAACCUGAGGAUAUACUCGCCCAACGUCCUGACGCUCACGCUUGUCGAUCUGCCCGGUUUGACACGAGUGCCGGUCGGAGACCAGCCGAGGGACAUUGAGCGACAGAUCCAAGAAAUGGUCCUGAAGCAGAUCAGCAAGCCCAACGCCAUCAUCCUCGCCGUCACUGCCGCAAACACCGAUUUGGCCAACUCGGACGGUCUGAAGCUGGCGCGAGAGGUCGACCCCGAGGGUCAGCGAACAAUUGGUGUGUUGACAAAGGUCGAUCUGAUGGACGAGGGAACAGACGUGGUCGACAUUCUCGCCGGCCGCAUCAUUCCUCUGCGCUUGGGCUACGUCCCGGUCGUGAACCGUGGGCAAAGGGAUAUCGAGAACAAGAAGGCCAUCUCCCACGCUCUGGAGCACGAGAAGCAGUUUUUCGAGAACCACAAGGCCUACCGCAACAAGGCUUCCUACUGCGGCACACCGUAUCUUGCUCGCAAGCUCAACCUGAUCCUCAUGAUGCACAUCAAGCAGACACUCCCCGACAUCAAAGCGCGUAUUGCAUCAUCUCUGCAAAAGUACCAGCUCGAGCUUGGCCAACUCGGAAACUCCAUGCUCGGCAACAGUUCGAACAUCGUUCUCAACAUGAUCACAGAGUUCACCAACGAGUACAGGGGCGUUCUCGACGGCAACAACCAGGAGCUGUCCGCGACAGAGCUCUCGGGUGGUGCGCGUAUUUCCUUUGUCUACCACGAACUGUACGCGAACGGCGUCAAGGCUGUAGAUCCCUUCGACCAGGUCAAGGACGUUGAUAUCAGGACUGUGCUCUACAACUCUUCCGGUUCCUCUCCUGCGCUGUUCGUUGGAACAACAGCAUUCGAGCUCAUUGUCAAGCAGCAGAUCAAGCGACUGGAGGACCCCAGCUUGAAGUGUGUGAGCCUGGUCUACGACGAGUUGAUCCGCAUCCUUGGCCAGCUCCUGAACAAGCCGACUUUCAGGCGGUACCCCGCGCUCAAGGAGAAGUUGUAUGCGGUUGUUGUUCAAUUCUUCAAGAAGGCCAUGGACCCCACCAACAAGCUCGUCCGUGACCUCGUCGGUAUGGAGUCCAUCUACAUCAACACUGGCCACCCCGACUUCAUCAACGGUUCGCGUGCUAUGGCCAUUGUGCACGAGCGACACAACUCUGCCAAGCCGCAGCAGGUGGACCCUAAAACGGGCAAGCCCAUCGCACCCCAGGUCCCCCCUCGAUCGAUGUCACCUACCCUUGGAAGCGAGGAGGGCGGCGGUUUCUUUGGCUCGUUCUUCGCUAGUAAGAACAAGAAGAAGAUGGCGGCUAUGGAGCCACCGCCAGCAACACUGAAGGCCUCUGGUACUCUUUCGGAGAAGGAGGCGCAGGAGGUGGAAGUCAUCAAGCUCCUCAUUACAUCCUACUUCAACAUCGUCCGCCGCACAAUGAUCGACAUGGUCCCCAAGGCCAUCAUGCUUAACCUUGUUUCGUGGUCGAGGGAGAACAUGCAGGGCGAGCUUCUCACCAACAUGUACAAGACUGACGAGCUCGACGAGCUGCUGAAGGAGUCGGAGUACACCGUCAGGAGGCGGAAGGACUGCCAGCAGAUGGUGGAGAGUCUGACAAAGGCACAGGAGAUUGUCAACCAAGUGCAGUAG